UCGUCGCGUGUCGACAACUCUACUAAUCACUUACCGCAAGCAAAUAGAAGUGCGUAAUUUUCACCGUAAAAACAAAUUUUCGCUGUGAAGUCGAAAUUAUUUUGAAGUGAAAUGUUAUUAUUUGGUUUAAAUACUCUUGUUGAAUAAAAUAUUUAAAUACAAAAUGUCUGACUUAUCUACGUUGUCCAGUUGUGAUUCUCCGUCGAAUCGCUGGUUGUCUGGAGACUCUUCGUCGCCAUCUUCAUCUUUGGCGUCAUAUUCGCCUAAUCGCAAUUCCUUCACCGCUGAAGAGCUUUUUGAAAAGGCUGCGUCUUUGCCUGCGAUAUUAGAAAAUGGAAGAAAAGUAUUUGGACCGCCGGUAGAAUUUGUAGGUGUGCGUCCUUCUUAUGUUUGUGAAUUGUAUGUGGCUAAUUUGCCCAAAUCUCUGGAUGAAGUGCGUCUCCUUGCUUGGUUGCAUCGCUGUGGCGUAGUUUAUGAAAUGCGCCUAAUGAUGGAAUCAUUCAGUUUAAGUCGUGGCUAUGCAUUUGUUCGUUACACGCAGGAGAGAGAAGCAUUGAUUGCGUAUGAGUUAUUAAAAUGUGUAUAUGUGGAUGGUGAACGGUUGAGUGUUUAUCGCUCACAAGGCAAGAACCGCCUCUAUAUUAGUAACAUUCCAAAACGGUUGUCUUUGCCGUCCUUAGAAGCCGGUUUCAAAAAAGCUUUUCGCAACAUGGAGCGUUGCACAGCGCAUGCAGCAACGGCGGCUGAAUCGGAGAAAGGAGAUCUAAACCGUGGUUUUGCCUUUAUCGAAUUUUACGAUCACGAAACAGCAUUAGAGGCAAAGAAGAAAACCACACCAGGACGCAUGCGCAUGUGGGGUAAUGACCUGAAAGUGCAGUGGGCAAAACCGAAAUUGCUGCAUUUCCAAUACGGGUACGGAGAAGAGCAAGAGAAAACUCUAUCCAUGGAACAGGGGACGAGUGUACCCAAUGACUUUUGUUCUAAAUUGCGUUUAUUUUGCUUGGCAAAUAAUUGGUGUGUUCCAGUGGUCGUUUAUGGACGUUGUCUUUAUGGAAGUGGCAUUCAAUAUGGUGGUAUUUUGUUGAAAGAGCCCACAACUGGUCAGUAUUCUUGCAUGUUGAUGGAAAUCUGUGUCGAACGCGAUAUACAAGAUGUGCAUGUUGCAAUGUGCGAAGUUGCUAUACAGUUAAUUGAACGGAAUAACGGUUUUCCGAAUUAUCAUUAUAUUUUACGAAUAUUGAAUGGAUUUCGAGCAGAAAUAGUGUUCAGUUGCGCCAACUAUUUCGAUAUAUCGAUGCAAGCAAGACAAAGCGGCAUGAGUUUGGUCAGUUCAACGUCUAUAGUGGAAUUAGCCUUGGCUUUUCAGGUUUUAGCUCAAUACUCGUCGGAAUAUAUUUUGAAUCAGUAUAAAAGAAGUUUUCUGGUUUUACAAAACUGCUUUUGGCUUACAAAAGAAUCCAAUAAAGUGCGUUUUUACUGCAUCUUUCCUAAAUUUCGCAACAAUCUGCCACUUGGUUUUGGAUUUAACGACACCGAAAUAACACUAAUUCUUACUGAAACUAACAUAGUAGAGAGAGUGAGCUCCGAACGAAAAUCCGUGGAGGAUGCUAAUAUGCAGAACUUUAACGGUGCAGAUGGGUUGCAACGUGGUAUAUCAUUGAAAUCGCAACGUACGCGUAAUGCUGAUGGUUAUACGCUUCGUUAUGUUAGUUUAACGAAAUUAGAAAAUCGCGAAUUUUACCAUCCAGAGCAACGAAUUAAUGUCCCACCAAUUUGGAUAACAGGGCAUUCUUAUCAAAAGUCGAUUUUUAAAUAGAUUUAUUUUUAUAAACUUUCGCAAAUUAUAUUACUAUUAUUAUUAUGUGUUUGAAAG